ACCUCCGUCCUCUCCGCUCAUGCCACUGCGUCUACCUCCACGCCCCAUCGUCUCGCCUUCCCCAGCCCGCCGUCCCCACCUCGCCAUUCCCGACGACCCGAGCCCGCGCGUCUAGGCCACCCCGAUCCGAUCCGUCCUCCCCCGCCACGCAGAUCGCCGGAUGCGCUAGCCGGGACCCCGCCUGCUAACCUCCGCGUGUGGAUUCGUCGCUGACCGCGCGCGCGCGCGCUUCGUCUCGCUUCGGCCGGCCAUGGACGGCGUCCGGAGCUUGGCGCACUCCCUGGGAGCUGGCGAGGGCGGCGGCCGGAACAACCUCUUCCGCACCCUCGGCCCGGCGCUCUUCAUUUCGAUCGGCUACAUCGACCUCGGCAAGUGGGUCACCACCAUAGACGCCGGUUCGCGCUUCGGCUACGACCUCGUGCUGCUCGUCCUGCUCUUCAACUUCUCCGCCGUCCUCUGCCAGUACCUCUCCAUAUGCAUCGGCAUGGUCACCACCAAGAAUCUUGCAGAGAUAUGCGUCCAGGAGUACAGUCAGCCAAUAUGUGCCGGCCUUGGUGUUCAGGCAAUAAUUUCCUUGUUAACUGCAGAAGUUACCAUGAUCUCAGGCAUAGCAAUGGGGUUCAACCUUGUAUUCGAAUAUGAUGACAUUGUCACAGGCAUAUGGUUUGCAAGUUUUGCGGUUAAUCUGCUACCAUAUGCGAUCUCCCAUCUGGACAAGAAGGUGGCUGGAACAUUAAAUACCUGCAUAGCGGGUCUCGCACUUGUUUGCUUCGUGCUUGGUUUAUUGGUCAGUCAACCAAAAGUUCCUCUCGAUAUGGAUGUCAUGUUCCCCAAGUUGAGUGGUGAAAGUGCGUAUUCGCUCAUGGCACUUCUGGGUGGAAAUGUAAUAGCGCACAAUUUCUAUGUCCAUUCAUCAUUUGUACAGGCUCAAAAGAGAUCACCUGUUACACUCGGGUCCUUAUUUCAUGACCACCUUAUUUCUAUCUUGUUUAUUUUUUCUGGGGUUUUCCUUGUGAACUAUGUUCUCAUAAGCUCAGCAGCAGUUGGAUCCAGUGAUGCACUGCUCCUGACCUUUCAAGAUGUUGUAGAGCUGAUGAACCAGAUAUUCAUGAAUCCUGCAGCACCGGUUGUGUUCUUAGUGGUUCUUCUUCUUUCGAGCCACAUCAUCUCGUUGUCAUCUAUUGUUGGCAGCCAUGCAAUUGUAGAGAAUUUCUUUGGUGUAAACCUUUCUCUUUCUGCGCACCAUCUGCUACUGAAGGUUUUUGCCAUGAUUCCUACUAUCUACUAUGCAAGGAUUGCGGGUUCGGAAGCAAUAUAUCAGCUCCUUAUCAUCUGCCCAGUCAUCCAGGCUAUGCUCCUCCCUUCGUCUGUUAUACCUGUUUUCCGCGUCGCCUCGUCCAGGUCAUUAAUGGGCAGUUACAGAAUAUCUUCGUCUGUUGAAAUAUUGGCCUUUCUUUCAUUUCUGCUUAUGCUAUUUACGAAUAUCAUUUUUAUGGCGGAAAUCCUAUUUGGUGAUAGCACCUGGACAAACAACAUGAAAGGCAACACCGGGAGCCCUGUGGUUCUUCCAUAUACUCUCAUAGUCCUAACUUCGUCUGUAUCUAUUGUGUUUACACUGUUCCUGGCUGUUACUCCACUUAAGUCUGCAAGUAAUGAAGCCGAAACUCUGGAGUUGUCUGUGCACUCUCAGAGAGAACCAUUGGGCAGUGUUCAUCAUAGAGAAGAGCUCUUUCUGGAAGAUGUUGCCCAAGAAGAAAUUCAAAGGUCUUCUACUGAUGCUCUCAGAGAGCAAUUGGAAAGUCAUCAGGAAUCAACUUUGGAGCAUACUGAAAGUUCUGACACCACUGCAGAGUCUGAUCAUGACAGCCAGCAAUCAACUGCUUAUACAGUGAGUACUCCUAAAGCUCAACCCUCACCACCUGUCUACCAUGAAGAGCCAAAACCAGUUUGUGUAGCUGAUUGGACAGAGUCGAUACCAAAGGUUUCUACCCCCACUGCAGUAGAACAUAUUAAUGCAGAGAACAUCAAAGUGAAGAGCACAGCUGAAAAAGAUGUUGAAGUAGUAGCAGAAGUUUGCGCGGACAAGGAUAACAUUACCCCACGUAAUUUGGAAUAUGAGAAGCCUGCUGGAGGCAGAGCACCUUUCAACCCCGACGGUCCACCGUCUCUGACUUUCAGCAGGGGAAAAGACGCUGAUGCUGGCAAUGGUAGUGGCAGCCUUUCAACACUUUCUGGUUUGGGCCGUGCUGCAAGGAGACAGUUAGCAGCAACUCUUGAUGAGUUCUGGGGGCACCUUUUUGAUUAUCAUGGUAAACUUACACAAGGCGCAAAUGAUAAAAGGUACAAUUUUUUGCUUGGACUGGACUCGAAACCAGCUAGUUCUGCUGUGAGGGCAGAUAACCAAAGCACUGAAGCUUCAAAGAGCCCCUUGAUGAGAGAUGUGAUGCGAGGAUCACCUACCUCACUGAACUCAUGGGACUCAAUGUCACGUGAGAAGGAAAUCCGUGGUCUAGACUGGAAUUCUGGGCAGCAGAUGGGUUCAAUGGGUUCAUCAAAUUGGUCUCAGAGCAUGAAUUUACCAUACACAGACAUUUCGAGUCCAAGCAGCAGCUUGCUUGAGCAAAAUGCAAACUAUUAUUCCAAUUUUAGUAAUGUGCCUUCUUACACUGAUAAUCAGUUCUAUCAGCCUGCUACCAUUCAUGGAUAUCAGCUGGCAUCUUAUUUGAAAGGAAUGAAUGCAAGUAGAAGUCAGUAUUCCAACAUCCCCCUGGACCCACGACGAGUUCCUAGAUCUUCUGAAUAUUCUUUUUCUAACUAUCCAGACUCUGCCUUGCAUGCCCGUGGCCAAAAUGUGCGUGGUUCACUGGGAGCCAACCCUUUGCAAAACCCAACGAUGAACCGCUUAAACACAGCAGUGGAGAGACCCUAUUAUGAUUCUUUCACUGUUGAAGAAAGUGAAAGCGGUGGCUCAUCUGCGUACUCAAAGAAGUAUCACAGUUCACCUGACAUAUCUGCACUAAUCGCUGCAAGCAGAAAGGCUUUGUUGAAUGAAGCGAAUUUGGGUGGGGCUGCUGGGAAUCAGUCAUACCGAAGUAAGUUGGCAUCUGAGAGACCGCAAUAUGUGGACCCAACAGCCAGUUCCAAUGCUCAAGCUGCAUUUAAUGAGCGCUCACAACAUAACCUCCAGAGGGAUGUCCUAUCUAUGCAAUUGGGUAUGAACCCCAACGCCAAAUCCCUUUGGGCCCAACAACCGUUUGAACAACUGUUUGGCGUGUCAAGUGCAGAAUUGAACAAAAGUGGGGUGAACACUGGCCAGAGAUCAAGUGUCAUCACAAAGGAUGAUUCCUCUUACACAGAGUGCGAGGCAGAACUUCUUCAAUCUCUUAGAUCUUGCAUCAUGAAGAUCUUGAAAGUGGAAGGAUCAGGAUGGCUCUUUAGGCAAAAUGGUGGCUGCGAUGAAAAUUUGAUUGAUCAAGUUGCAGCAGCGGAGAAAUAUUCACAAGAAACAACUGAGAAUCUAUUGUCACCUGAGCUUCGGCGCAUGCCUUCAGACAAAAGCUCACAGCCACUUCGAAGGAAUGAUGACAGAGCUGCCAAUUGCAUGCAUGGACUACCGAACUGUGGUGAAAGUUGUGUUUGGCAGAGUAGCCUGGUUGUUAGUUUUGGUGUCUGGUGUAUCCGUAGGGUACUGGACCUAUCCCUUGUGGAAAGCAGACCAGAACUUUGGGGAAAGUAUACUUAUGUUCUGAACCGUCUUCAGGGAGUCCUUGAACCCGCAUUUUCCAAGCCCCGGAAACCCCUCACUGGGUGCGCAUGCCUUCAGAUAGUAGGUCCUGUCACCAGGCCCAUUUCUGGCACCUUCACCACUUCAGCAGUGAUCCUGGAGACGAUCAAGGACGUGGAGCAGGCCAUCUCCGGACGCAAGGGCCGAAGCGGAACAGCAGCAGGAGACGUAGCUUUCCCCAAAGGGAAAGAGAACCUGGCUUCCGUGCUCAAGCGAUACAAGCGUAGGCUGUCGAGCAAGCCGUCUGCUGGACAAUAGUGAACCACCCACAAGUCAUGUUUUUACUUGUUUUGUAGGGUUUCUGGCAACUGUUCUAGUAGGCAGGGUGCCAUUUCCUUGCUUCUCAAGCCUUAGUUGUUUUUUUCGUUGCACGACGUUGUUAGGGCCUGAGAGAGCUCCUUGACCUUUUUGGGCCCUUUGGUUUUUUGCAUGUGGUGUUUGAGGGGCCGGGUAUGAAGAAGGGUAACCGACCAUGUUUGCCGCGACCGCGGCGUGUGAAAGAGAUGCGAUCCUGAUGAGGAUCUGCGCUGUAAAGUCUGCCACUGUAGUGACUCAACUGGAUUAGUUUUUUUUGGCCUUCUGUGCCCUAUGUGACUCUGUAGAAAGGUUACAAGUAAUGUUCAUGUGAUAAUUUCAGUUGCUA